UGUCAACGGACUGAGCAUGCGCGGUAGGAGCAAAAGCGGAACUGAUGCGCGGUUUCCAGCUAAUUGUGCUCACAUUGAAACGAUCAUAUUUGUGUGAAUAAUAUUGAUGGAACUUGGGAUACAUUACUCCCAAUACACAGAUUGAUAAUCUGUUCGAUACGACACGUCACAUAUGUGAACAUGCCCCGCAGAAAGAGAACCACAGGCAGCAGUUCAGAUGGGACGGAGGACUCCGAUUUCUCUGCCGAUCUUGAGCCAACCGAAACAGUCAGAAACACACAGCAACGUAAGAACGCGCGCCUGACUCGAACGUCCGUACGUCUCAGCCAAAGCACUCAAGAUAACUCCAUAGUACAAAGCAGUUCUCCUGCAGCAGUGGCCCCCGAAGAAGUUUUGGAAGCAGCAGUGUUUUCCACAGGGCGCAGAAUCACACGCAGCCAGCAGGGCACGACAAACACCACGGCCAAAAAGUACCCGCUGCGCCAGGGCAGGACAUCCGGUUCAGAUGUGGAGCCUAAUGCAGUAAUAAAGCAGGCGGCAGACCACGACGAGACCCCUCCCCGCACGCCGACCGGCAAUGCUCCGUCUUCCGAGUCAGACAUUGAGGCCUCCAGCCCUGGCAACGACCUUGUGUCUUCCAGCAACGAUGCGAUAAUUUCUCAAGAGGAAGACGAGAGGUUGGCAAAGGAGCUUUCCCUCAAAGAGGCCGCCGCUCACGACCUUUCCCAUCGGCCCAAACGACGGCGCUUUCACGAGAGCUACAACUUCAACAUGAAGUGUCCUACACCUGGGUGUAACUCACUGGGUCACCUGACCGGCAGACAUGAGAGACACUUCUCCAUAUCGGGAUGUCCUCUUUAUCACAACCUUUCAGCUGAUGAAUGCAAGAUGAAAACAGUUCCGAGAUGUCUUAAUAACAUGCCUGUGACAUGCUUGUUUAAAAUCCCCAAAGAAUCAAUAAUUAGAGCCGCCCUCUAUAAACAGACCUGUUCAGAGCAGCAUGGCAAACCCUCAACUCGCGAAAAACAGGCCGAGGAAAGGACCCUGUCUCACCGCCAAGACGAGAAUAGACACUCCACACGACACCAGUCCCCAACAGAGUGUCAGCUGCGCUACAAGGAGAAGGUGACUGAGCUGAGGAAGAAGAGGAACUCUGGCCCCAAUAAGGAGCAGAAGGAAAAGUACAUGGAUCAUCGUCAGAGCCACGGGACCAGUCGCGAGCCCCUGCUGGAGAACAUCACCAGCGACUACGAUCUGGAUUUGUUCAGGAAAGCGCAGGCACGUGCCUCGGAGGACCUUGAGAAGCUUCGUCUGACGGGCCAGGUGUCGGAGGGGAGCAACAUGAUUAAGAUCAUUGUGUUCGGUCGCUACGAACUGGAUACUUGGUACCACUCUCCGUACCCGGAGGAAUAUGCCCGCUUGGGGAGGCUGUACAUGUGCGAAUUCUGCCUUAAGUAUAUGAAGAGCCAAACCAUCCUGCGCAGACACAUGGCCAAGUGUGUUUGGAAGCAUCCCCCAGGCGAUGAAAUCUACCGAAAAAGCCACAUCUCAGUCUUCGAGGUGGACGGCAAGAAGAACAAGAUUUACUGUCAGAACCUGUGUCUGUUGGCCAAACUCUUCCUGGACCACAAGACUCUGUAUUACGACGUCGAACCUUUCCUCUUCUACGUGAUGACUGAGGCUGACAACACAGGUUGCCACCUAGUCGGGUAUUUCUCCAAGGAGAAAAACUCUUUCCUAAACUACAACGUGUCCUGCAUCCUCACCAUGCCACAGUACAUGAGACAAGGCUACGGCAAGAUGCUAAUAGACUUUAGUUACCUGUUGUCGAAGGUGGAGGAGAAAGUGGGCUCGCCAGAACGUCCCCUAUCUGACCUGGGCCUUAUCAGCUAUCGCAGUUACUGGAAGGAGGUGCUGCUACGCUACUUGAACAACUUUCAAGGGAAGGAAAUCUCCAUUAAAGAAAUCAGCCAGGAGACGGCAGUGAACCCUGUGGACAUCGUCAGCACGCUGCAGUCCCUCCAGAUGCUCAAAUACUGGAAGGGCAAGCACUUGGUUUUAAAGCGACAGGACCUCAUUGAUGACUGGAAAGCCAAGGAGCGUAAACGUGGCUCGGGCAAAACCAUCGACCCCACAGCUUUAAAGUGGACGCCGCCUAAAGGGACGUAAAAGAUCUUCAACACAACACACAUCCUCUUCUGGCACGCACACACAAACACGCACACACACACUCACACUGGUCUUGUUCACUUGCAGCAGCUUCUUACAGAGUCAGAUAUUAGUGCAAGUUUGGCACUGGUUGGAAUUUCGACAAUAUACUUUAGUUUUUGUCUCUUUGGUUACUGCUUCUCAUUGUCCUGGAUAAGAAAGUACGGAAGGUAAAAGUCAUCACGUGUGUUUUCAAUCAUACGAACACUGACCUGACUGAGCUCUGACUGGGAAAAAACUUGAAAGUUAUAUAGUGCUCCAAAAUAACAAUUAAAAAAAAAGUUUGCCUGAGAGGAAACUCAUUCACAAAAUUGUCAUGGUCUUUUAAAAGGCUUUGGAAUUCUAUUUUGGUCGAAAUGCAAAAGAAUGUGAAGAAGAUAAAUACUUCUGAAACCUAAAGCUAUAGCUGCCAUUGGCCUUAUUUGGACUUAUUUGUCUUUAAACUGGGACCUGCCUUUAUUUUGUUUUUUCUUCUGUAAUUACCUUAAAGACAAAUGAUCUUUUUUUCCCCCUCUAAGUUCAUUAUUUAAUCCUUUUCUACCUCGUCGGGUUUACCACUGUUGAAAUGGUGACAUGUACACCGUUUCAAGCUUCUUUUUUCAAGUUUCUCUUGAUCUUGUGUAAAAAAUGUCAUGUGCAAAAGCCUUUUUUUGUUUUUUAAAUGAAAUUCUUCAAGAUGUUUAUAUGGUUAAAAAGGGUAUAAAGUGUUGAAAAAGAAGAUGAACUAGUUCAAGGAUACUUCCAUAAGUCUCCCAGUUUAGAUUUGAAUGUCAAUCUUAAAACUUGCAAAUGGGAUAAAAAAGUUAUUUACAUUUUAGACAUUUUUAUUAUAGUUCUCUUAAAAUUAAAUUAUGUCAACGUUACACAACGUCGCUGCUUGGUACUUUUUGUAUUUUUUGCUGCAAACUGUUUUUCAUAUUUUUUUUGAUUGCAAUUGCACAAACUUUGCAAUGUUUUGGUCAACAAUUUGGGAAAAACACAAAAACAAGUUAUUUUAGCUUUGUUUACUUUAGCUUGGCAAAUACUGAUGUUAUAUAAUAAUGUAUUCAAUUCAAUCAUUUUUCAGUAGAGAUGUCCGAUAAUGGCUUUUUUGCCGGUAUCCGAUAUUGUCCAAUUGAUUACCGAUUCCGAUAUCAACCGAUACCGAUAUAUACGGUCGUGAAAUUAACACUGUGGAGGUCUUGCUCCUCCGGGUUCUUCGGACCACCAAUUAUCGACAUGCCAGGCUCUUCCAGGUUGACAACACUGUUUUAUUUUACAAUAAAAGUGCAAAGUCUUUCGGGGUGCUUUUCAGCAGUUGUCUUUUCUCUCAAUCGAGCACACGUCGUCUGUCUUGCUCUCGCUCUCGUUCGUGCUCGUGCUUCACCAACCGCCAUCAACAACUCUCCCUUCUCAUUCCCGACUGCUGCCUUUAACAGAGCGACAGGUGAUCAGACAGUCACUCCCACCUGGGUCAUCUACGCACCUGUCGCUGAUCUCGAAGCCGGUCCUGGCACACCUCGCUUCGCUGCAGGUCCGCUGCCAUAUUUAUUAUUGAAGUCACAAAGUGCAUUAUUUUUUUUAACAUGCCUCAAAACAGCAGCUUGGAAUUUGGGACAUGCUCUCCCUGAGAUACCCACUACAAUUAUGGGAAAUACUACAGUGUUUCCCAUAAACUGCCAAGACACCUGUGGCGGUGGGGGCGUGGCUUUGGGCGUGGUCAUCAUGACAUCAUCGAGUAAUUUGCAUAAUUUACUACAAUGAUGUGAUUUUCUCUAAAAAGGCUAAAAAAAAUGUAUACUUACUAAUUAAUAAUAACAGUUUUGUUUUAAAUGGCCAUCCAUCCAUCCAUCCAUUUUACAAUAUAAUUACAACGCUUUAUGUACAUAUUUAUAUACAGACUUGAACAAUAAGUUAUUCACUGAAAUAUAUUUAUUAAUUGUGGUUCUUACAAAAAAUAUAUCUUAUAAAAUAUAAAAGCUAAAAUGUCUCUUAAACAUCUGCCCCUUUAAUUAGUGCAUACUAAAUAAUUUAACUUUAGCCUACUACUACAACCAUAUUAUUUACCAGCAACAUAAAGUGAAACAGGCAGAGGUGUCCUGCCACAGUCAGUAACAAAUAAACAGAAAACAGUAGUGGUCAAAUACAAAUAAGGCAACAAGAGAAGUAUCCUACACUUCUCUUUUGUAAAGUAAAUCUGAACAGCCGAUAUGGGCAUCUACAUCAACUAUAUGAUUUGCCUGAGAAGCUGGACAGGACAAAAAAAAAAAAAAAAAAGUUUUAUUUUAUUUUAUUUGUGGCGGACGUAAUUCUUUUGUGGCGGGCCGCCACAAAUAAAUGAAUGUGUGGGAAACACUGAACUAUACUUUGACUUUCACAAAGUCUAAGUCUAAGAAAGUGCAUUAUUCUUAAUUUUUUUUAAACAUGCCUCAAAACAACAGCUACAAAAACAAUGAAGACACACAGCUUCAGUCCAGAGUAUACUAGAGUUAUAAAGUAAACAACAUAGUCCUCAUUUCGUGCAGGACUGCGUGGCAUACUGUAUAACAGGAAAUUAUAAACUGAGCUUAAUCUGCCCUGCUCUGACGUAUUUGUAUGAGUAACACAAAUGUGCUGCAAGCUAGUGGUGAGUGCUUGAAGUGGAGCUUCUGAAAUGCUGCGUUGAGACAGGGCACCUCCGUUCACUGCGAGCUGCAAAGUGUGCGCCAUGCAGGGCAGACUAUCCCCACCAAACUCCACCGUCGGGCGUUGUCCCUGACCACAACGUGAACUUUCGCCCCGGGGUGGUUUUUGUUGUAUUUUUGUUUUUUCUCGGCGGAGUCUUUAUGCGACAACUGUGUGGUACUACUUUUUUCCGGUGUUUGCUUUUCAUCCAUCUUCCGCUUGUAUUCAUCGUGUAUCUCCUUAUGAUUCUUGAAGAGGUGGGAGAUCAAAUUGCUCGUAUUAAAGCAGACCUGGCUGGGCAAUAUAAUGCCCGCGGGCCACAUGCGGCCCGUUGAGCUUUUCAAUCUGGCCCGCCGGACAUUCCCAAAUAAUUGUUUUAGAUGUUUAAGAUGGAAAGUGUAGCUGCCAUUAUGAUGUGCAGUGAUGUUUUCUAAUGACCGUAAAUCUUCAACUAUACUACCGUAUUUUUCGGAGUAUAAGUUGCACCGAAAAUGCAUAAUAAAGAAGGAAAAAAACAUAUAUAAGUCGCACUGGAGUAUAAGUCGCAUUUUUGGGGGAAAUGUAUUUGAUAAAACCCAACACCAAGAAUAGACAUUUGAAAGGCAAUUUAAAAUAAAUAAAGAAUAGUGAACAACAGGCUGAAUAAGUGUACGUUA